UUGUCUCUUUUCUUUAAGGUCCGACCCGACUUAGUCCAAGUCUAUUAAAUUUGAACCGGACUAACCCAGCCUAGCUCUUGACAAGCCGUAUUCUCAUGUUCGAAUCCCAUUCACUCAUCUGGUUUAGACUAGAAAACAAAACAAAAUCCGUUUAAAAUCCAGGUCAAUCCAGGUCAAAUUCGCCUCCCUCUCAGUGUCACUCUCAUCCCUGAUCGCAGACCGCCAUCGCCCCAAAUCCCUAAUUUUGAUUUCCUCAGCCCCAAAUCUCUCGUUUCCUCUCUCUUUCUCAAACUCUUUGUCUUUAUCGUUUGCUGAUAUCUUCUCUCCACUCUCGACUUUAUAGGAGUUCUCUCGGCUGAGCACUACCCAUCAGAUGGAUCCUUUUGAUAGUGCUGAAGGUGGAGGUACAGAAUCUGCAAAUAAUGUGCAAGAAUCUGCUCCUUCUAACCCUAUAGACCCUGUAGCAGUUUGCUAGGGUUUAGAUGAGUCCACCUGCUUUGGUGAAGAUGGAAGAUACUAACCCUAAAGUUUUAGCUUCCAAGAAUUCAAAUUCCGAAAGCAGAGAUUCAGACCCCAUCCAAGCUCGAUUUAAUGAUUUGUGCAAGAAUGGAUUGUCGUUGGAUGAUAAUGCUUACACGCAAGCUAUGAAGCUGUUCAAAGAAACCAAACAUCUAUUAACUUCAAAUGCAUUGGCUAUUGGAAACGGAACACCUGAAGAAGCAGAACAGUUCUGGUUUGCCUUUGUUUUGUACUCCGUGAAAACUUUGAGUGAGAAUAAUUCACAGAUGAGCUCUGAUGAUAAUGGAUUUUCUCUCUUCCAAAUUUUGAGAGCUGCGAAGAUGAACAUUGUAGAUUUUUUCAAGGAGCUUCCUCAGUUAGUUGUUAAGGCCGGUCCAGUUUUGAGUGAUCUUUAUGGCAUAGAUUGGGAAAACAAACUUGAGGCAAAAGAGUUGCAGGCAAAUUUUGAGUACUUGAGCCUGUUAUGCAAGUACUACAAACGUGUAUACCGAGAGGUCUUCUUGACAAGUGAUGUAAAUGCCGAUAAGCAGUCAGCUGUUGCCAGAGGAACUGGUUAUGUGUCGGAGUAUCAUCGUUUUGGAUGGUUGCUGUUUUUGGCCCUUCGUGUACAUGUAUUCAGCCGAUUUAAAGACCUGUUGACUUGUGCAAAUGGCUUGGUUGCCAUAUUGGCAAUUUUAAUUAUUCAUGUUCCUGUUUGCUUCAGAAAAUUCAACAUCCAUGAUUCAACACACUUUGGUAAGAAAGGCAGCAAAGGCGUGGACCUGCUUGCGUCCCUUUGCAACAUUUAUGACACUUCAGAAGAUGAGUUGAGAAAAACAAUGGAAAUGGCUAAUGCUUUAAUAGCGGACAUUUUGAAGAAGAAGCCCUGUUCAGCGUCUGAGUGUAGAAAUAAAAAUCUAGAGAAUAUGGAUCCAGAUGGUUUGACCUACUUUGAAGGUCUUAUGGAGGAACCAUCAUUGUCAUCCAGUUUAGAUAUUCUAGAAAAGGAUUACGAUGAUGCAAUUCGGAGUAAGGGUGAACUUGAUGAGAGAGUCUUCAUCAACGAAGAAGAUAGCUUACUUGGUUCUGGUAGCUUUUCUGGGGGAUCCAUGAAUUUAUCCGGUGUGAAGAGGAAAUUUGAUUCUAUAGCCUCCCCAACAAAGCCAAUUGCAAGUCCACUGUCUCCCCAUCACACUCCUGCAUCUCAUGUUAAUGGUGGUGCUAAUUCAAAGAUGGUAGCCACACCAGUGAGCACUGCAAUGACAACUGCAAAGUGGCUUCGGACCUUUAUUUCUCCACUUCCGUCAAAACCCUCAGCCAAGCUAGAGGGGUUCCUGGCAUUGUGUGAUAGGGAUGUUACCAAUGAUGUGGUACGCAGGGCACAAGUCAUAUUGGAGGUUAUAUUUCCAAGUAGUGCCUUGGGAGAACGAUUUGUAACUGGUAGCCUGCAAAGUGCUGACCUCAUGGACAACAUCUGGGCAGAACAACGAAGAUUGGAAGCACUCAAACUUUAUUAUAGAGUUUUGGAGGCAAUCUGUAGGGCAGAGGCUCAAAUACUGCAUGCUACUAAUUUGACCUCUUUAUUAACCAAUGAGAGGUUCCAUAGAUGCAUGCUAGCCUGCUCUGCUGAGUUAGUCCUGGCAACACAUAAGACUGUCACAAUGUUGUUUCCAGCAGUGUUGGAGAGGACAGGUAUUACAGCUUUUGAUCUUAGCAAGGUGAUAGAGAGCUUCAUUAGACAUGAGGAAUCUCUUCCAAGAGAAUUAAGACGACACUUGAAUUCAUUGGAAGAACGACUUUUGGAGAGCAUGGUAUGGGAAAAGGGUUCCUCGAUGUAUAAUUCUUUGACUGUUGCAAGACCUGCCCUCUCAGCAGAAAUAAAUCGUCUUGAGUUAUUAGCAGAACCCAUGCCAUCUUUGGAUGCAAUCGCCAUGCGUAUUACCUUCUCUUGUGGAGGGUUGCCUCUGGCACCUUCUUUACAGAAGCAUGAGAAUUCACCAGGUCAGAAUGGAGAUAUCAGGUCUCCAAAGAUGGAGCAGAAUUCCUUUACAUCUCCUGUGAAAGAUCGUUUUCAGGCCUUAAGUAACCUAAAGUCAAAUCUGCCAGCCCCCCCUUUACAGUCUGCAUUUGCCAGUCCAACACGGCCAAAUCCGGGAGGUGGAGGGGAAACAUGUGCAGAAACUGGAAUUAGUAUUUUCUUUAGCAAGAUAAUCAAGCUGGCGGCUGUCAGAAUCAAUGGUAUGGUUGAAAGGAUGCAACUGUCUCAGCAGAUCAGAGAGAAUGUUUAUCGUCUCUUUCAACAAAUCCUUGUUCAACGGACAUCUCUCUUUUUUAACCGCCACAUCGACCAGAUUAUUCUUUGUUGUUUUUAUGGAGUUGCAAAGAUUUCUCAACUUAAUUUAACAUUUAGGCAAAUCUUAUACAACUAUACAAAGCAACCACAAUAUAAACCGCAAGUUUUUCGAAGUGUGUUUGUUAAUUGGCCUUCAGCACGCCGCAAUGGGAGGCCAGCACAGGAACACAUUGAAAUCAUACCAUUUUACAAUGAAAUAUUCAUUCCUUCUGUGAAAUCUCUGCUAGUCGAGGUUGGACCAGGUCCAACAACUACAAGAGAUAGCAUAGUUCCUGAAGCAAACAAUGACAAUGAUGCUCAAUGUCCUGGAUCACCUAAAGUAUCCAGCUUUCCAAGUCUCCCUGAUAUGUCUCCAAAGAAAGUAUCUGCAGCACACAAUGUUUAUGUCUCUCCAUUGCGAUCAUUUAAGAUGGAUGCUUUGAUCUCGCAUAGCACAAAAAGCUAUUAUGCUUGUGUUGGGGAGUGUACCGUUGCGUAUCAGAGCCCUUCGAAAGAUCUCACUGCCAUCAACAACCGCUUGAAUGGUACGCGAAAGCUCAGAGGCACUCUCAACUUUGACAAUGUUGACGUAGGCUUGGUCAGUGAUUCUAUGGUGGUCAACAGCCUCUACCUUCAGAAUCAAAAUGGAAGUUGUGCAUCCUCAUCAGGUGCAUCGGUGAAAACUGAGCAACAGGACUCAUAAUUCAACUCAACGGCGCCUAUGUAUAGUUAUAGUUUUCCAGAAAUCUAGUAUUUUAAUUCUUCAUAGUUCUGUACAUUUCUGUUUAUGACACGAAGUGCUGGUGCUGAAUGGGCGGGUUAGGUAGAAUGGCCACCAAAAAGCCCCAUUUCCCAUUUACUCACGUAUGUUAGGUAGGACCUUUUUCCUCGGCUUUCUAGGGUUCAAGUAAUUGUAUCGAGAUUCUCCUUCUGCGGGUGUAUCUUUCCACCUGAGUUGUAAAUGUUAAUUCCAAUUUACACUGUAUCAAGUGUCCAACUAGCAAUUGGUAGAAAAAUUACCAAUUCAAAACCUGCCAAUUGCAAUGUACAAUAACGGCUUACGGUUGGAACAUCGGAUUAGUAAGCUAAUGCCCGAUUGAAAGUCUUGAUGCCAAUUGCAUUUCACAAUA